AACCACUCAUCCUUUAGCGCUUCUCGCGGACAGACAAAAUGACAGUGGACAUCGAAAGUAGUAAAGUUGAGGGUGGGCCAUAUGUACUGAAGAUUUUUCAGGCAACGCUAAAUAUUCUAUCCCACCUUUUGAUUGGUUUAGUUGUGGGAAUUUGUCUUAUUUUCUCCUUAAAUCCAUUUCGAUUGCCGUUGGGAAGUACUCCGCAACACAUAGUAUUAUGUGUAAUUGGGUACCAACUCCUCAUGGCGGAAGCUAUACUUAGUUUAUCUGCUGACAAUGGGUGGUCCGGAGUCUUAAGAUUCAGAGACAAGAGACGAGCGCAUACCAUUCUUCAAGUUGUCGGCUCUGCUUUAGCACUUGCUGGAAGUUUCAUCAAGAUGUUGGACAAGACUCAGAAUUUCAACACUUUACAUGGACAAUUUGGUCUCGUAGCCGUUGUAUUCACCAGUGUGAGUCUCGUCAAUGGGCUUACUUCCCUUUACGCGUUCGAAUGGCGACGUUUCUGUCCCGGAAACAUUUCUAAAAUCACCCACAUUUGCUUCGGAAUAGUCGCUUUUGCUGCUGCCUCCAUCAGCCUUUGCUACGGUUUCGACAAAGCCUUUUUCCGGGUCUGGGCUACUGAUAACUUCACUAACGCACUCAUAGGAUGUACAGCUGCAUUCACUGCCAUCAUAAUUAUUAACCCAACCAUCAACUUCUUUAAGAAAACCUACAAUUUGGUUUCUAAUUAAUUUGUGUUUUUCUUAAUUCUAUAAUUACGGGAAUCUCAAAUGCAGAUUAAACAUUGACUUAAGAAUGUUAUUCAACAUUUAUUUAAUAACAAUCGGUUAUUGGCAGAUACCGAGAAAAAUGUAUUUUUUAGAGAUUCAAUAGAUUUAGCGAUAUCUAGUCCGUGCAUGAUGUACUUGACUUCCUACACAAUAUAACAACUCGUUGGACGGAUAUAGACGCCAAUUCAAAACAUAGUUUUAAUAACUAGACGUUUUGAGUGAUUUAUAACAUCAGUAGUAUUUAAAAUUUUCUAUAUGUAUAACUUAACUUAUUGUAAAUAAAUGUAUAUUUAAUGAGCGAAUUAAACAA